UCGUCGCUGCUCUGCCACUGUUAACGUUUCUGUUGAAAAACGACCGUUCGUUGAGAAAAAGAUAUAGAAAUCGACCGUGUCGACAGUUCGCUGAAAAGAUAUAGAAAUCGAAAAACACGCUGGAUUAAAGUGUUUCGCACCAAACUUCGACAGAGUGACAACAAUAAAGUGAAGUGAGCGCACAAAGCCAAAACCAAAUCAAGAAAAAAGAAAGCAAUCUUAACUGAACCUCGCAAGUAAUCCGGUACGACCGUGUAACAACCGCCAAGAUUCUACUCAAGGAGCGUAAAGCAAUCAUCUCGAGAAUGAAGUCCCUGACGGCCGUCUGCCAGACAGGUGCCUCCGGAAUGCCGGCCCUGAACGCCAGCGGGCGCAUCUCGCGCCAUCCCACGCACCGCGGCGACGGGGAGAACGCCGAGAUGAAGAUGUACUUGUCCAAGCUGAAGGACCUCGUUCCGUUCAUGCCCAAGAACCGGAAGCUCUCCAAGCUGGAGAUCAUCCAGCACGUCAUCGACUACAUCUGCGACCUGCAGACGGAGCUGGAAACACAUCCCGAGAUGGGCAACUUCGAUGCGGCGGCCGCUCUGACGGCAGUGAAUGGUCUUCAUGAGGACGAGGACAGCGACAUGGAGGAUGCCGAUGUGGAGGCGGAAUCGGAAGUGGAUCCAGAUGUCCUUGCCCAGCGCUUGGCCGCCGAACAGCCGGCGAAAGUCUCUAGUCCCGCCGCCCGUCUCCCGCUCGCCGAUCGCCAAACGCCCAACACCCUCGUGGCGCCCGCUCACCAGCAACUGCAACUGCAGCAGCACCAGCAACUGCAGCAGCAGCAACUGCAGUCACAGCAGCAGCUGUCCAACAGUUUAGCAUCGCCUCUGAACGCGGAGAAGGACAGCAGGCAGUCGUAAGGGGGAAGGAGGAAAGGCCCAGCCGGGAAACCUAUAAACUAUUAACUAAAUGCAUAAUUAAAGUACAGUCAAAACUCCACUCGCAAACCUUCGGGUGAAGAUCUCCGCAUAAGUAACGUGUAAAACUCUCAAGAAAAAGAUAAACUGCAGCCUAGCCCAGGCGCGUCUCUGCAACUCUCUUUUCCCGAGCACGGAAGGUCGGGGAAAUGAGAUCUCGCCUCUGGCCGAACAGAGUUUAGUUUAAACAUUUAAGGAUACGAAAAGAAAACACAACAACACACAACAAACACCUAGCAUUAGAGCAUCGUAAGGAAGUAAACAUUAUGAUUAAAUAUUAAAAUAUUAACUAGGAUGGCGCUUAAGAACGAAACGAGAAGAGAAGAGAAGAGAACUUGGCAAAGCUUUAAACAAUUUAAUUUUCCUUUAACGCUUGAAAUUACACUAAAGCAUAUAUUUUGUUUUCCUAAUUUUAGUUUUGUUUUGGUUUAAACUAAAAACGUAAAGAUGAAAAGAUGAAAAGAAGAAAAAGUGUUACUAAUGCAAAGCAACAGAGAUCAGCAAUAAUAAAAUUCUGCUUAAUGAGUAUAUGAUUUCCAUCUGAACGAUUUUCCUAUUAAUUUUAAUCAAUGAGAAUUUUCCUAUUAUUGAUUAGCCUCAGCCAAUCAGCCAACCAGCCAACCAGCGACAACAACAAGAAAACCAACCAACUCAGCAACACUCACAUUCAGAUUCAUUAAUUUAUAUCGAAAAGAAGAGAGAGAGGAGUUCGUUUAGUGUUUAAGUUGAGAAAGUAAUUUCCAGGCACUAAUUUUCACUCACACACACACACACACACACACCUCAUUUGUAGUUUUCCGAGUCGUUUCCUCUUUUUUUAAUCGAAUUAAUAGUAAUUACCAGAUAUACACUAAACCUAUAAAUAUACAUUAAUAUAUGUUCUGUGAUCUGUAGCAUACUUUGUACAAAGUGUUUUUUUAGCAUAAUUAUGCGAUUAAUUAUGAUUUGAUUGGUUUGAUCCGCAA